UCAGUCGCUCCAGAACAACACGAGGGACGGAGCUGCUCUCCACUAAUGGCGUCGCUGCAGCGGAGCAGCUGAUCGCGACAGGACCGAGAGACGCCCAGAGGUAAACACGCCGCCCACCGGCUCUUCCCCUGCAACAUGAUCGCGUUUGGCGUCGCGCUGUGUCCGUGCAGCAGGCGGACGGCUGGACGUCGUGCGCCCUGCGAGAACCGAGCCUGACAAGGGCUCUUUGUACACAGCUCUCCUGUCAGGUCGACCCACACAGACAUCAGCGGCGGAUGUUCUCCUCAGUUUCUUCUUCGGUACAACCUGCCUGCUGCUGAUCGCGUAAAAGCUGUUGGUCGGAACACGACUGAAGCGUCCACAGUCGCGCUGCAGCGGGUCUCCUGGUGGCGCUUCGACGACGUCUGGGGACUUGUACUAAACAUGAGGCAUGAAGCGGUCUGAGGAGGUGUUGUGCUUCUCUGACUAGUGGACCAGCUCUUCGGUAAUCCUGUCCAGGAGAUCGCCCCGGCCUGGGCGGAGGUCGCGGUCCUUCUCUCCGGAGGUCGCGGUUCGGCUCCCCGGAGGUUCAUCUCCCCGGAGGUUCAUCUCCCCGGAGGUUUAUCUCCCUGGUGGGCGCAGUUAAUCUCCCCGGAGGUUCAUCUCCCUGUUCGUCUCCCUGGAGGUCAAGGUUCAUCUCCCGGAGGUCUCCCCCCUGAGGACAUAGUUGUCUCCGAGCAGCGGUGCUAAGAUGACGACAGCCCGGUACAGGCCCAGCUGGGAGCUGGCGCUGGACCCCCUGGUCUCCUGUAAGCUGUGCCUGGGAGAGUUCCCCCUAGAGUCCAUGACCACCAUCACCCAGUGCCAAUGUGUCUUCUGCACUCUGUGCCUGAAGCAGUACGUUGAACUUCUCAUUAAAGAGGGCCUUGAAACCGCCAUUAGCUGCCCUGACUCUGCCUGUCCCAAAAGAGGCCAAUUACAGGAAACAGAGAUUGAGUGCAUGGUGGCCACAGAGAUGAUGCAGAGGUACAAGAAGCUGCAGUUUGAACGAGAGGUGCUGCUUGACCCAUGCCGGACGUGGUGCCCCUCCUCCACCUGUCAGGCGGUGUGCCAGCUGACGGAGGCGGCCACGCCCCCCCUGCCCCAGCUGGUGCAGUGUGCCGUGUGCGCCAUGGAGUUCUGCUCUGCCUGCAAGGCGCCCUGGCACCCGGGCGUGGCCUGCCCGGAGAGCAGCCUGCCCACCGCCGCCUUCCUGCCCGGGGAGAACAGCUCCUUCUAUAAGAACGAGGAGGACGACGCCCCAAUCAAGCGCUGUCCCAAGUGCAAGGUGUACAUCGAGAGGGACGAGGGCUGCGCGCAGAUGAUGUGCAAGAACUGCAAGCACGCCUUCUGCUGGUACUGCCUGGAGUCCCUGGACGACGACUUCCUCCUUAUCCACUACGACAAAGGGCCGUGUCGAAACAAACUGGGACACUCCAGGGCCUCGGUUAUCUGGCACAGAACUCAGGUGGUCGGGAUCUUUGCGGGGUUCGGCCUGCUCCUGCUGGUCGCCUCCCCCUUCCUGCUUCUGGCCACGCCCAUCAUCCUCUGCUGCAAGUGCAAGUGCAGCAAAGGUGACGACGACCCCCUCCCCACCUAGGGAACACGCUGCGCCGUGCCACCGCAAAACCCCCACCCUCCUCCACCGUCGGAAGGGCCGCUCUUUAGUUUGUGAUUCACACCGCCUUUACGUUCCCUCCCUCCAGCUUUCAAGCGCUUCGUUUUUUAAAGGCGUGGCCUGACGCGGCCAACGGCGCCACCCCAUUGGCUGUUUUGGAAGUCCAUCGCUCUGCAUGGUAGACGCAUGGGAGGAGCCUGAUCCCUGCGCACGGCCUAUGAGGACAUCGCCAGGGGUCAGAGGUCAAGCGGGUCCCGCCCUUGUCUGACUUGCUGCUCAAGGGGCAGGGCGGCUGGCCUGGGGGGUGGGCCGGCGUCGGACCGUGGGUGCUCUGAACACUGGAUCCUGCUGGGAGUUGGUGCUGUGUCCGGGCCCAGAGUCGGUCCUGAAGAGCAGCCCGGGGGGGGGGGUCACAACUUCAGUCACUUUCUGAAGGAACCUUUGCUUCACUGCUGUUUCUCUCUCGUUUUGUCGUUUUCAAAGAAAAGACGCAAAAAAAAAAGGGGGAUAAGAAAAUGCUUUCUCAUCCUCUUGCCAUAAUUGUUCAUUGUCGCUUGACAUGUUUUUUUGUGGGUAGCAUUGAUUAGAGUGAUGUCACCUUUUUCAUGCUCUGUCUCUCUUUCUCUGUCGCCUCUCUCUGUCUCUCUUUCUCUGUCCGUCUCUCUCUGUCUGUCUCUCUCUCUCUCUCUCUCUCUCUCGCGUGCGGUCUCUCUCUCAUGCGCGGUCCCUCUGCACAGUAAACAUGGUGGUGACGGAGUGGUGAUGGAGUGGUGACGUAGCGGUGGGGUCGUUGCUGUGCAGCAUGUCUCGUAUUGAUGAUAAUGAUGAUGAUGAUGAUGUCAGUGUUUCCUAACCUACCACAAGGGCUGUGUGUUCAGAGUAGCGUACUAUGCCCUGUAACGUUACGUGUUUUCACAUACCCAUAAUUAUAUAUAUAUUAUUAUAUAUAAAAGAAUAUGUGACAGAGAAGCGGUUCCCACUCUCACUAUUUCAGCAGAACCAUGACAUCCCCCCCCCCACCCUCCUUAAAGGUGACAUAUUAUGCCACCAGGUGUGAGUAUAACACACUUGGUGUUAUAAUAUGGCACCUUUAACAUUCACCCAAUUAGACGUCACACAUCAUCUUUAUAUUAAUGUAUUUAUUUUUAACCCAGUUGGUAGAUGAACCAAAUGGAAAGAAAUGGCCUUAAAUUAAAAAACAAUUCUAUAGAAAGCCAAAAAGGGCAUCAUUCCCUCUGUCCGAGUAGGAAGCAGGCCGAUGGCUUAGCGCCCAGGGAAAAGCACACGGAGGUACCGCAGUCAACAAGCCCUUUAUUUUGUACCAACACGAUUCUAUGAUGUCAGUUGUAUGCCACAUUGUUAAUAGCCAUAGUGUAUAAUCAAAAUCUUUGACGGAAACAAAAAACUUAGAAGCAGGGUCUCCCCACCCCCCCCCCCCACCCCCCGACACAACAAUCACAAAAACAAGGCGGUCCAACAUUGCAAACUUGCAUAGUUGCGUAAUUGUGUUAGGGUGAGUCUGAGGUCGUCUUCUGAGUGGUUCGGGUCUGGUCAACUCUGAUCCCUUCCUGCAGGGAGCACAGACUGCGUCUCCAGGAUAUUUGUAAAAACCAACCAUUAGAAGAGAAUGUUACAUUUGGGGCACGCUAUGACGGGCUGCCCCGCAUCACUUUAUCUAUGCAAGUUUGUACAAGACCAUUUGUAAAAGCCCAUUUGUGGUGUUGUAUCAAACGUUGCUAUUGGAAUUGAACGUUGUGUUGUGUACGAUUUCACGCACCUCUUUGACAGUACCAUUUAUUUAUUUGUUUCAGGGAUCAUUUAUGAACCAUCCAUAUAUCUGUUGCCAUUACAUUUUAAUGUUCCUUGAACUGUUGCUGUGAUUCAACAUUGUUACGGUAAUAUUAUAGUUAAAAUCAUUGUUUUCAUUUGUUCUUGGGAUAAGUGUUCAGAGUUUGAGAAUCAAGAAUGUUUCAUUUUCCCUUGUUGUAAACUUUUGUCUAACAGUUCCAGUAAAUCUUUUGAGUAAAGGUGUUUCAUGCUCCACUAUAUGCUGUACUAUACGUCACAGAGCCCAUCUGAUCUUUCCUGACCUUAUCGCUACAGCUACCACACAUCACACAUCACACAUCACACACAGGCUCCGUUGGUUUCCUUUGGGUUGGGAGUUCUGGGGAAACCUCCAUGCAUGUUUUCCUUCCGAUCCAUUUCUACGUCCAUCGCCGUGAGGGGAUGUGGCCUGGUGUCAACCAAUAGGAGCAUGCGAUUGAUCAACAUCAUCAACCCUUAAGUCUAUUGGGUUAGCAUUAAAUGUGUCAGAUUCAUGCAAUGAUCAGCCUUACACUUUCCCAGCAGUAGCCAUUUAUACUCUUAGAGGUGGUUCGAAUUAAGUUAAAUCUGGUCUCAAUAAAUAUAUUUUUUUCCUACAUUUAGUUCCAUCCCUUACUUUUAGACUCUCAUUCCAGAAGUUGAUGUCCGGUUGGCAGUCGGGCUGAGUGUUUAUCUGGGAGGGAGGGGGUGGCUUUCUGCCUAUUUAAACCAGCAUCAGGGGCUUGGGAACAGAUGUAAUACUAAAUGUAACACGUUGUGUGACCUGUAUGGUAUGGCGCCUGCUUUAUUCUGUUUAUAGAGAGGGAGGGCUCCUGGUGGUGACAUGUAAAUGUGGACAUGCUCAAUAAGCAUGGGAUGGCUUGAGUCUACUGUAACCUUGAGUCUGCUCUAACCUUGAGUCUACUUUAACAACAGCAGGGGACCAGGAAAUACACUUCAUUAGACUAGUUGUGUUUCUGACUGCUUGAAAUGGUGAUACAAAAUCGAAUAUUUGAUCUGGGUAAGGAAAAAGGCACAAGAUGCUAUCACUUAUCACUCAUGCUUUUUGGGUGGCGGGGUGUAUGUUUUAAUGACGUUUGGUGUCAGAAUGGGUGAGUAUGCAGGACAAUAUUAUGGGCCGGUCAUCAAUCAAUAUCAGGUCAUGUCGUUUACAUCACACCCAAGGGCUACUGUGGGUUCAUCCGGUCUGGGAUUAGUAUCAAGACGUUGAUAGUUCUACAUCAUAACGUAGAGCGCAGUCAUCUCUAGUUCCUGGUGAAUUUCUCACCGUUGGUAGCAGAAAAUAUAAAGGAGUUCUGUAUUUGACAUUUGUGUUAAUAUCAAUUGAUUCUUGGUCUGUCUAUGCCUGGCUGAAAAAUGCACUGGAAUUACAGUGACAUGAACUUUGACCUGUGCUUACCUAUGUUUAGAUUUUAUUUAGAACCCGCAUGCUUUUUUGUCCCUAACAAAGCUGUGGAUACGUCAUCGAUAUUGUAGCUUAAAACAUCUUUGGAAUUGUUGCACCUUCUUAAGAAUUUAAGUUAAGUUCUGUACAUGGUCAUCAAUUGUACACAAUUAAAACAAAUAGUUGAAUAGUUUAAUGAAAAUGGUUUAAGUCAUUCUCAGUCAUUCUAUCAAAAAUAAAUAUAAACUGAUGGUGUAAAAUAAGUUGUAGGCUAUUGUGCCUCCCCUUAAUGCUCAACAAAGAGAUUCCUGCUCAACCCAAAAUAGCUGUUGAACAAAACCAACCACAACCAAAAUAAAGAAUUAAAUCCAUUUUGUUUUUUAUUUGAUGACAGUCUGAGAAAUGCACAGGACUUUUAUUUUGCCUUUGGCUGGAUUGCCCUUGAGCAAGGUGCCUUCAUCGCUGCGUGUCGCUGUUUUUGUACCUGCUUGUUUUCUAUGUACUUUAGGGUGAAGAAUUAAAGUCUCUGCUUGGUGAAAGGAACUCUUCUGAUUGUGUCAACUCUGCGUUUGCAUAACUUGGACCGUUUAAGAGAACAAUGAUCUCGACUCGCG